CGCCCGAAUGGGAUAUACUACACAGUGCGAAAACAGACAAAUUUCCAUUUGAAAGUGACGCUACUUUCAGCUCUGUUCCGAUGACAUUAAGUGUAAACCACCGUCUGUCAAUAUUAUGUCACAUUUGAAUUACAUGUGUCGUAAUGUUUUGCAGUUUUUAUACAUGAAUUAUGAAAGAGACGUGGUCAAGCUCAGUCACGGUUGUUGAGAAUAUUCGAAUAACUUGAAUUUUGGCGUACAAUUGCUUAAACACGCCGAAGAUCAUUAGGGAAAAAAAAAAGACUCCAAACGUGUGUCACAUCUUUGAUAGCGCUCAAGACAAAAACACAACAGGGCUAUGGCAUUUUGUUACAGAUUACUGGGAGGCAAGCAAUUGUGUCGGAGCCUGGUACGCAAUUUAUACUCGCAGCCGUGUCGAUGCAUUACAUUAAAAGUAACAAAGGUUGAAUCUCCUGUCAAUGAAACCCACGAUGAGAGAAAUGCUAGGCUGGGUCGGCCACAGUCACCUCACCCUACCAUUUACAAAAUGCAACUAACAUCAAUGCUUUCAAUCACACACCGAAUGACAGGACUAGCUUUGAGUUUCUACAUGACAACUUUGGGUCUAGGUACUCUUGUAUCACCUUACCAGUUCACUGAUUUCAUCACUUGGAUGCAAGAACUGCAUUUGAAUCCAGCAGUAAUCACAGCCAUGAAAGCAAUGAUGGCAUUUCCUCUGGCAUAUCAUAUAUCCAAUGGUGUCCGUCACUUGGUUUGGGAUUUAGGAAAGGCACUGACAAUAAAGGAAGUGUAUUACACAGGGUAUACUAUGUUAAUUGCAGCAACAAUUCUGACAGCAUGGCUACUGUCACUGUAAUAUAAAAAGUCUUUCCUCAUAACAGUCACACUGGAAGUAGUGCUUGGGGUAGUGUGCUUAAAGAGUAUGCAGCAGCAUUUAUUUAUGAGGAGAAUGUGUGUAAAUCUGCAACACUUUUAUGUACAUAACUGCUUUGCAGGUUCUAACUCCAAUAUUAUUUUAAAAUAUUUGUGAAUUCAAGAAACCGUAGUAUAUGAUUAUGUAAUGGCAGGUAUUGCUUAG